AUGAGAAACCAAACAUUUGUGACUGAAUUCAUCCUGCUUGGUCUCUCUAGCAGCCUGGAAGUCCGUCUCUUACUGUUGGGACUUUUUUCUGCAGUCUACACCAUCACCUUGAUGGGCAAUGCAACCAUACUGAUCCUCAUCUGGCUGGACCCCCGACUCCAUACCCCCAUGUAUUUCUUCUUGAGCCACCUUGCCUGUGUAGACAUCUGCUAUACAUCCAGCACAGUCCCUCAGAUGCUGGUCAAUCUUCACAGUCCAAGCAAACAUAUCUCUCUGGUUUCUUGUGCCAUACAGAUGUAUAUCUUCCUUGUCUUGGCCACAACCGAAUGUUUCCUUCUGGCAGUGAUGGCGUAUGAUAGAUAUGCAGCAAUAUGCCAUCCCCUGCACUAUGCAUUCCUCUUGAACAAGCGAGUGUCAAUGAAUCUGGCCACAGCAGCCUGGGCAAGUGGCUUCUCGUUGCCAGUGGUGCACCUGGUUCUCACCUGGCAAUUGCCAUUCUGUGGCUCCAAUAUCAUUGACCACUUUUUUUGUGAAAUGCCAGCAGUUCUGAAACUAGCAUGUGCUGAUACUCAAGGAGUUGAAAAGGUGACUUUGGUGGGAUGCAUUUUCACUCUGCUUACCCCUCUCACUUUCAUUGUGAUGACUUAUAUUCGCAUCCUGGCUUCUGUCUUGAAAAUCCGUUCUUCACAAGGUCAGCACAAAGCUUUCUCAACAUGUGCCUCCCAUAUGACUGUGGUGCUUCUUUUUUACGGCAGCGCCAUAUUUAUGUACAUGAGACCCAAGUCAAGUUACUCUCCAGGUCAGGACAAAACCAUAUCUUUGUUCUAUAGCAUCAUUAUUCCUAUGUUUAAUCCCAUGGUGUACAGUCUGAAGAAUAAAGAUGUGAAAGGGGCCUUGAUUAAAGUCCUUAGGAGAUAUAGGACUUCCUGA